UUUAGGAUACGAACAUGGCAGAUUCCCAAAUACAAGAGCCCAAUGAAACACAGUUAGAGACUCAAGAAGAGCAAGCGCAAAACACUGAACCAAGUGAUAGUCUUGAAAACCCAGCUGCUCCAAGUGAAUCUCAGGCAAUUAAUGAGGCAGCAGGAACAGAAAAUGGGGCUGUAAAUGAUCCAUCUGAAGAUGUAGGAGAGACUAAACCAAAGGAAAAAAUUGACAAAAAAAAGGGAGAUGAUUUAGAUGAAGAUGGUGACGAGGAUGAUGACGAUGAUGAAGACAACAUAAAUAUAGAUAAAAAUGCAGAUCCAAAUGUAAUGCCUCAGGUCAAUGUUUCGCUUCUUGCUAGUAAGUUUUAUAAAAUAUUUUUAAGAUAAAAUCGGUUCAUUCAUUUUAUAUUACCAGUGCAAAACAUGUCCAUUCCCCAGAGUUGAAUCCCUGACAUUUUAUUAAAGUUUAGUUUCUUUUAUUUUAUAAAACUUAUACAUUUGUGGAACACCCUUUCACUAAUUUCCUAAUCCCACACAGAGAAAAGUUUUAAGAUUUUCAUUUUCAAAUUACCUUUUUUAAAAAAAAUAUAGAUGUUAUUGAAUAUUUAUCCACAGAGCGUAAAUGGCAAGUUAAAGUUUAUCCUUUGAAAGCAGGAAAUUUUACGAGUGGACAGAUCACUAGUGUUUUUCAAGCUGCCAAGGAGAGCUUAAUUUACAUUGUUGCCAUGAAUAAAUAUGCAAGUGGGUAAGUAGAACGCCUACACGUUUGUGUCUGCAUGUACUUAAAAUUGUGAUAUUUUUGAUCAUGCAAUAUCUUUAUUGCUCAAGCUCAUGGGUAUUUGAUAAUGCGCCUGUUAAGUAUAUAUUUUAAAUAAAUCCAUGUUUGACUUUUGUUCCUCAUCAUUUAAUUACAUUUAUUUCUACCUGCUAAAAUAGAAAAGGAGAAAUGUUUGCAUCAUCAACAAAGCAAGCCAUCAGAGUGGUCCAUAACCUGAUGAAGUUAGAGUUCCUGUACUACCCAGAGAUUAAUAUUGAGAUUAUCAAAAAGAACGGUGAAGGGGCCGUAGAACAGAAAGGUAAUUAAUAAUAACAUUGACGGUGAUGUGGUCGUAGAAAAGGAAAGUAAUUAACAUCAUUGACAACUGAUGUUUGUGUAUUAAAUGGCACACAGAGCUCUGUUUUUAAGAUGACCAUUAUUUUUUAAUUUAAAAUUCAAAUUUAUAAAUGCACCAGUUAUAGUCAUGUCUGUGAAAAUUUAUCUCUGUGUAUGUUUGUUUCAUUACCAAAGAUUGUUAAAAUUUUAGAUUUAGUUUUUAAUUCUCUUUGUUCUAAAAUGCCUAUUUCAAGCCAUUUUUUCCCUGUCUUUUUGUCCACUUCAUUUUCCAGCCCUUUUAAGAUUUGAUCCAAAGCUGGUCAGAAUGUUGUGCAUUCCUCCAUUACCUCGCAGGCAUGGUAAGAAUUCAUUUUAUGAUUGCUAAAAAAAAAACUAUAUUGUCUUUAGUAGAUUGUCCAAAGCUGUCCAACCUUUUUGACUAAAAAUAUUUUUUACCACGGAUGAAGGGCCGCAAAUGACAUCUCAAAAGAAAGUUUUUAAAUUAAAAAAAAAAUUUUUGUUGAAAAAUUAUUCAUAUUUUGAUACCUCUUAACUUAUGCAAAAAAGAGUCAUAUAUCCAAAGGCAUUAUUGUCUCAUCAAGAUUAUAAAUAUAGAGAAUGAAAACUGUAUCCCCUUUUAAUGAUAUAUUUUGCUUUCCAUUUUACUUGUAAUUUUCUUAAUUGGAGGUAGUGGUUAGUAGCACCUGCCCUAAAUGGUCACCUGUUAAAGCUGUCAUUUUUUUUUUUUGGACUUGAUGUUGUUCAAUCUAUGUUCAUUACAUAAAAUCCAGUUUCACUGAUGUAGAGUGAGGCCAAAAACAUGGUAAAAGUUUGUUACAACAUUUCCAUGGUUGUGGAAAUUCAUCAGAAAAAACAUGUUGUCAUUCAGAUUUUAUUUGGCCUCAUGUUUGUUUAUAAAUACAGUACCGGUACUUUCAAGAAUUGUUGCUGCUGUGUCACACAACUCCUCCCUGAUUGAAUUGCACAAACUAAAACAAAACACAGCUUGUACCCUGCUUUCUACUCUUUGAACUUCUCAUGCUCCAAUCUCUGAGUACCAGGCAUUUAUACCAAACCUCACAACAAUUAAGGAUGGACACACAUUCUCCCAGACGAGACUAUCUGUUCAAAUAAUGCGGUACCAUAAAUGUUUCACACUUCCCAGCAUAGUCAUUCAAUUGUGACAACUUUAGUACCACAGCUCCUAUCUCGAUUACUCUGACCCGUAGACUUUCCUGUCAUAUUCUUAUCAUCCCACGCAGCACAUAUUUAUGUCCUGGUGCUCAACUAUCUAUUUCAUCUAAUUUGAUCUCGUUGGUGGGGCCUUGGACAUUGUUAAAAUGACCAAAUAGCAACAUAUCAAGUUACUUUAGGUUUCCCUGUUCAUCUUUCCCAAUGCAGUCAGUAACUAUACCCGAUACCCUGUGAUAGAAAGAAGAGGAAGAUAGAAUCUGAUUUUUAUGUUACCUGGUUCCUAAAUGGUUGCUUUGAUGAUGUGAUCAACAUAAAUUACUUACUGCUCCCUGUCAAGCAAUAACACUCCUUAGCUUUUGUGACCUCUACCUUUUGCAAUGCUACAACUUCUCCUGUGCUCUCAGGCAAUUUUCCCAACAAUACUAAAUAAAUGAAUGUGGUCUGAAAAUAUUUUUGUCCCUAAAAUGUUUUAUUUUUUACACAUAAAAAUGUCUCAAGCUGUGGUGGGUCAUUUAAAAUCAGCUUGUGGGCCACGGGUUGGACAGCACUGGUCUGAAGCAAAGUUCCCAAAAUGGUGGAGCAGCACUAGGCGGCGAGCCUUAUGUUGCCUUUAUGCAAAACAUGAACAUUAUGAUCAAAUAAAAAGAAAAUAUAAUAAAUAAAUCUGGCACCUGUCCAUGGUGCAAUUUUGAAACUUUUCCACCAAACUUCGCCAAACUUAAAAAUUUGGGAAACGCUGGUCUAAAUUACUCUUAAAUAGUCUAAAGCAAUGUUUGUAAUAAAAAGAAACAUACAUAUUGAAGGUUUAUGGUUUGAAACACUGAACGUUGCUCCUAGUAGAAACUUUUCUCUUACUUUAGGUAAAAAAUUCAGGAACAGGGUGAUUGGCUCGGUUUUUGUGAAAAACCUACCAAAUGACACCUCCAAAGAAAUGCUCAGAGUUUUAUUUCCCUUUGCAACAGAGAUUAACUAUACUCCUGAUAAAUUCAAAGAUGGGUGAGUCUCAAGAAAUCAACUUUUUUUAUAACUGCUAAUUCUAUUUAUUUACUUCUAUAAUUCACAAUGCUUGAGAAAAAAUUUAACACUGAUUUCAUUGAAUGUAUUUAAAUAUGUAUCAUAUAAUUCAUAUUAAAAUCGCCAUGAGUUUAUUAAGUUACUAUUGAAGAAAUGAGUAGUGGAUUACAUUUUGUCUUAAUUUAUCUUUGGAUAAAUGUCAGUUUUUAAUAUUUGAAUUCUCUAUAUUUUAGUACUGCUCGCCUUGCUCUUGAGAAGAGAAGAAAAUACAUUUUGUCUUAAUUUAUCUUUGGAUAAAUGUCAGUUUUGAACAUUUGAAUUCUCUCUAUUUUAGUACUGCUCGCCUUGUUCUUGAGAAUAGAAGCAGUGUCUUUCAUUGCUUAAAAGCAUUUACCAAAGUUGAACUUGGGGGAAAUAUCUUGGAAUUUCAUCCUUUGGAAAGUAAGUGAAUAUGUACGAUGUCAAGCUUUGUUUAAAUAUCUGUUUUUUACCAGACUACUUCCAAUAGUCUUAACAAUAACUGAAUAGCAUAUAUUACAGUGCAUGUUCUGUAUAUCACAGAAUCUACUAAGCAAAAGAAUUAUUGCAUAUUAAAGGUUAAAAAGUGUGCAUAGAAAAAGAUUUAAUUAUUAAAUAGGUGAAUACAAUUUCAAAUUAAUGGAAGAGGUUUAUUUAACUGUGAUCUUGAUACAGAUUGCUGAAUUAUUCUCCAACUCCCACAGACCUUUUUUAAAAAUUCAGGAAUGUAUUAUUUGUUUAAAUCAGAGCGCAGAGAAAGUGAGAGUAAGACUACAAACAUACCUAAGGAACAAGUUGUUGGUGAUAAGGUGGAGAAUGAAGAGGAGAAAAGCAAAGAAGCUGAUUCGAAAGACUCAGUUGAUCCCAAUACACCAGUAGAGAGUAAAGAGAAAACUUUAAGCUCAGAGACUAAAGCAGCUGAAAGUAAAUCUCCACAGAAAGGACCAUUGUCUCAAAAAGAGAUCCCUAAGAAGACACCAACGACCAGUAAAAAUGUUGGUCCACCAAGGGUACUUCAUAUAAUUUUUUGAAUGUUUUUGGGGUAUAUGUGGAAAUGUUUAUACUUCGAGGUUGGUUUAAAACAAAUUAAAUUAAAUUAUAGACUUCCAGUUGUAAAGCAAAUAAUUUUUUAAAACGUUUAAUGAGGUAAAAAAAACUUUGUACAAAACCCAACCUAGAAUUGAGAGAAAUAGUUGAAGUUAUUGAAUUAGAAUAAAUUUAAUUGGAUGAAUAAUUUAGCUAAUUCAUUAGAUUGAUCUUCAAACUACAGAUUAUGUCAUAUAAAACAUUCUGGAAGCUUUUUAGUUACAUUUUAUAAACAUGUGUUUCUUCUUAUUUAACAAAUAGGAGUACAAGAGGGAAUUUAGGAGCCGGGGUCGUGGUACCUGGAUUUCAAGAAGGAGAGAUCAGGUAAGUCUUUGUAUGUUGAGAACUGUUUUCUAAAUUGUUUUAUUUAAAAAAUGUAUUUUAAACAACAGAUACAUUGAGAUUAUGAUAGGCUAAAGAAAUUAUUUUGAACUAUACUCAUCUAUAUGAUAAGAAGCCAAUUUACUUGCUUACUGUGAAAACCUAUGUCUUUUACCUCACUCUAGGAAUACCUUACAUACAAUGUUUUUCAUAAAGCAAGUCUUUUUUAGUCAAACAUUUGUGUGUGUCUUGUGUAAUGCUUGAGAACUGUACAAAGUUAUAAAUUACGAUAAUAAAAGAAAAUUUAAAUAGAUUAAAUUUAUAUACAAAGUCAAGGAGUAGUUUUUUUUUUCAUUUCAGCUGUUGAAAUGCAAAUAAUGCUCAUGGUUAUUUCUUUUUCCUCUUUUAUAUUGGUUAGUUACUUUAAAGUUUUGGAGAUUUUUCUAGGUCCACAUCCUGGAAUAUUGAGUGCUAUGAAGAGAUGGAUACUUUUGUGGCAUCAGACAAUAGCCCUGCUUUCUUUCACGGCAGUACAUGAGUUGUUUACCAUGAGAGGUGAAAAGGCAGGUGCUUAUUGGUACUGACAGAUGUACAUAUAUUACAGGGUCCAAUCAAUUCUUACCAGGAAAAGAAAAAAGUUGGUGGUCCGCCAGGAAAACCAGUGCUGAGAAAGCCAGAAGUAGCUUCACGUGCUCGAGCCAACAGACCAGAUAUCCGGAAAGGUCCCCUUGGUUGGGACAGUGCUGGCAACAGAAGCCCAAUCAGGCAGAAUCAAAACAGGGGUAAUCGAGGUGGCUCGGGCAAUCGUAACAACAGAAAUAACUCAGUUUGGAACUCAAGAGCUUCCGGAGGAAGAAACAGUUUCAGCUCUGGUGGUGGCUAUGCUACCGGUGGUAGAGCAGAUAGAAGAUUUGAACAACAAAGUUUUGGUGGAGGUAUGGCAGGAGCUUCGGGUUAGUAUAAUCUUAAAAACUCACUUUGUUAACCUUGCUCUGUGUGUCUUGAUGUCAGACUCAAUGUCCCAUGUCGUGGGAUGGAUCUCUCAAUACCACAGAGCUGCCUGCCCACCUGAUUUGAUAAUGAGCUUGGGAUAUUUUAGCUUAUCCCACUCACUUCACUUUAUUUAUAUCUGCUCAUGUUUGCUUCAGCACUGGGUAGCUGUUUAAUAUCGUUUUAAUGAUAAAAAUGAUAAGUCUCAACAUACAGCAUUCUGUAAAACUUAAAAUUUAACGUGCGUAAUGUGAUGCACUAUAUCCUCAUUAUUAUGGUGUUAUUUUGGUCUGAGAUAAGGAUGCUUUUACGUUCACUGGGGAGUGGAAAUGUCAUAUCAAUAUAUUGUACAUAUUGAUAAGUUUGCAACAUGGACUCACAAUGGAAACUGUUGUUCAAUGGUUUUUUCUAGUUUCCCUUUGCUGUGCAUGGAUAUAUUAACCCUUUACCAUAAGGUAAUCACAUUUUGUACAGCAGCAUGGUCAAGAAAGAAGGCUUAGGCUACGGUUCCACUGGUUCCGUAUUUCAUGGCAUCCAAGACUGACAUUCUAGAUCGAUAACUGUGGAGAGAAAUUUGUCUGACAUUGUGUUUACAUUGCAACCGAUUACAGAAUCUUUAUUGCUUAUCAUAACAAUGGCCAUGACCUUUUAUGACUUGUACUGUAAUGUUAUUUAUCAAACUGAUUUAUUAAUACAAGCUAAAUAAAUUAAGUUUAUAAUAGUAAUAUGUUGAAUAAAUUUGAAAGUUUCUUUGAUGAAAUUAUGCAAUUAAUAAUUAAAUCAAAUGCGCCAUUAUUUUAAUUGCAAACUAAACAAAUUAACUGUUUUUGGCUACAAAUUAUUUCUCCUAUCAAUUCUUAAUUGUAGCUGUACAUAUAGUAUUGAGAAUUUCUACCAUAAAAUUCUGGAUUUAACACUCCCAUGGAGCCACCAUUUAAAAAAAAAAAAAUUUGUGAACCUUCACAUUGAUGCAAAAACUGAAUAUUUUGAUUACGGCUAGCACUCUUUGGUAUCUGACCAUAAAGCACCAAUUAUGACCGAUGUUGUCUAAGCAAAUGUUACCAUGUUCACUUUGUUAUUUCUUUUGUUUUUUCUACUGAAUUUGGUCUCGUACAUCUGUCUUGGAUCAUGGUGAAAUAUUUAAACAGUUGAACCGUAGCCUUAACUUUUAGCAAAAAUUAGCAUUUGAUGAACUGACCUCUUCCAAUUUAAGACCAACAAAAUUGUGAAUCAUUGUUACAUUUUCUAAAAAUGACAAUUUAUUAGAAAAUUUUCUGCUUGUUUUGCCCCCUUUGACAAAACAUAAAUGCAACGAUACAGUUUUCAUUUGAAAAACUGUGUUAAAAGUUUGCAGAAUAUCAGAAGAGACAAAGUGUUUGUGAUUGAUAAUAACUUGUAAUAAUAACCACAAAAGUGAGCUGUUGAAUCUUCUGAAUGUAGAUAAAUUUCAGCCGCUACCUACAAACUCACAUAUAGCUAUCUCUCAUUGUUUUUUUGUGUUUGGUUGUGAUCAACGGGAGAUUUUCUGCUGUACCAUAAUCAAUUGUGAAUCCAACAGGAAAAGGCUAAAUUUAUACUGCUUAUAAAGCUAGAGAUCUUUUCAACAGCAUUCCACCAUUCUUUGAUUAAACUUGGAAUGGGAUAUGCAUUUCCUUUAUUUGGAAACAUUUCAUAUAAGAAACCUGGAUAAUCAUUGAUAGAUCACUCAGGAUUAUAAAGAAGGCUAUAAUUUUGGAAUAGCACUGUAUAUUUUGUAACAUAUUGAUGCCUGAUUCCCUUGAGUACUUCCUUAUCUGGUGUGAUUAUGUGUAGUGAGCAAGUCUGGUGAGACUGAAACAAUAGUAGAUCUGAAUAAACACAAAUUAGGAAGAUUCAUCUGAGCCCCUUUGUGAUUCUAUUUUACAAGGUCUGCUACUGUGUUAAGAUUUAAAAUUUCUCUUUAAAAGAAAUAAAAUUUACAGUUAAACAGUUUUAGCUACAUUAAUGUUAUCAAAUCGUAGCUUAAUUGUAACAGAAAUGUGACAAAAGACUAAGUUUAUUAGAGAAGUAUGAAAAGGUAAGUUUAAUUAAUAGAAACCUAUUUUCGACUUUAAAAAAUGUGUAAACUGUUGUGUUUUGUUUUUUUUUCAUUCAAUUAUAUUUUAAUAAUAUAACUCAGUAAUAAGUUAAUCUGUAGAAAAGUUAAAUGGUCUGAUAUAAUUAAUGUUAAAAGAUCGUUCCCUCUAAGAAAUAUCUAAGUGUUUAGAUGUCUAACAUGUAAGUUGUUUAAAAAAAUCUCUUAACUUAACCCUUUUGUUCAAAUUUAUAAUAAUUAUGAAACCUAUUUCUGUAUUAAUUGCUUGACACCCACACCCCCUCCUCUCUCUCUGCAACUGUUACUUGUUCUCAGCUCUUAGCUCCUUUUUUUCAGGUGAUAUGGGCAUAAACGUAGAAGCCACUAAAGAGAUGAUGCUGUUACAGAGCCAAUUGAGUAUGGCCAUUAAGAACCAGAUAGCUAUGUUGAACCAAACUCAGAUUGCAGUUGAGCAGGCCAAGCGGGGAGCCGGGAUGGGACUGACAACAACUGACUUGACCCAAGCCAGUUCUUCAGGUCAGAUAUUUUUAUAAGCAUUGCUUAAGAAGCAGUAUAUAUAUAAUAUGUUAGGGUAAUUCCUAUUUUUUAAUCAAAGAAGCUGAUUGUAUUGUUCCUUUAAGAAAAACACUUAAGCUUAAAAGACAUUUUUAGUUAUUUUGUAUCACCUGUUACUGUUUUUUUUUCAACAAUCCUCAAAUACACAAUAAUUGACUUUUAUUAACUAGGAAAACAAAUUAUCUUCACAUCACUCAAGGCUUUAGUUUGUCAUAAAUUAAAUUUUUCCUUAUUUCUCUUUUAAAUGGAUUGUUUUAGGCGAAGGAUCUCGUGCUUUUGGUGCAGGAGCAAAACGAAGAGCCAGUCAAUCAGGAUUCAGCUCAGAUUAUGGCGAUGACAGUUUCGGGGGGAAAAGACAAAACCUGGGCCUUGGAUCCCAACAACGUAGUUGGGCAGAAGAGAGCCCUGCUGACUACUACGGCAUGCAACAAUCACAACCGAGCCUGGAUUAUGGAGUAGACAGACAGACGGAAGACACAACUUCUGCAUAUAGCAACAGCUACACUUCGAGGUAAAGCUUUGGUAAUGGAAGUAAGGGGUUAAAUAGAAGGGACCUUGUUUAAAAAGAUACAAGAUUUCUGUUGACACAAAAGAAAACAAUGGUUUAAAUUCCCGUCACGGUCAUAUUUGAACAGAAAGAAAAGUAAUGGUUCUCAGUUGCAAAGGUUUAACUUUAAUUUCAUUUUUUUUAAAUAUUUCAGUUUUCAUUUUGUUUCCUAAAAAAUAUUUAAAAUUUCAUUGUUCUUUUUGUUUCCUAUAAAUAAUACAAUCAGGAUAAAACAAGUUCCUAUAAAUAAUACAAUCAGGAUAAAACGAGUUUUAAAUGACAAAGACUUAAUGUCAGCUCUAAUUAUAAAGUAAUGCCUUUUUAGCAACAGUAAAAUAAAGUAAACUGAUGGAAGGUACUUGUUAACAAUUCAUGCACAACUUGAUUUCAAUUAAGACGUUCUUUUCUUCAUUGGAACCAUACUGUGUUAAAUCAUUUAUGAAUUGCUAUAUAUUUUCUAAGUGUGUAUUUUGAAGCACUGACAUAAGUUUUUGUUUGUAAAUUAAAAUUUGGAAAUGUGAAAACCUUGAGCAAUAUAGUAAUUUAGUUAUAAUGAAUGAUAGCAAGAGAUCAAAAGUAAAGAGCAUAACUUGAUUUUUAUUUUAACCUAUCAUAUGUCUCUGUUGCAAAAGGCAUAAGGAUUGGUGAAAAGAUCACAGUGUGAUGUUUUAUUUUUCAAUUUUUCGUUCCAUUACUUUUAUUACUGACGUUAGUCUAUCAAACAUAUGUUGAAGUGAUAAUUAUUAAAUAAUACAAAUAGAGACCAAAUAUUCGCACUUACAAGUAAUGGGAGUUCAGUGGAAAAACAACAGAAAUCUUGGUUUAGAGCUUGAGCUUAGUUAUUUUAGUUUUAUUGUGAUUUUAACCUUAGAUUCCAAGCCAUUUGUUUAAACUUUAUUAAACCAUGAACUCAUUAUGCGUAAAAGAUAAAUUCAGAAUUGUCUUCCUAUUGAAAAUUCAACUGCUGCAUCAUCAAUGUCAUUAGUGUUGUUUAAACAGUCUUACCUUAGCUCUUUUAAAGAUAAAUGUUGUUUUUUUUCCUCAGAAACUUAAGUCAAUCCAAUGCUGGUUAUGAUCAAAGCCCCUAUCGCUAUCACUAUUAGAGGACCGACUGGACAUUAUUUCUUUUUUUUUACUCUCCCUUUAACACACUGUUAAAAAUGUUUGCAUGGUACAGUCAUUUGAGUAUUUUAAAAUAUUGUGUCUACAAAAAUGAAAUAGUCUGUGGACUUCCCAACUUUUUUAAUUUCCUUAUUAAUUUUUUAAAAAAUCAUUUCCUGGUUUGGUUUCAACAGUUGGAAAUCCAGCUGAAUGUAAAUUUGAGUUUCUUCAACCAUAAAAAUAAAAACAUCAACUAUAUAGUUUUGUUUUUUUUACCUGCAAACUGUAAAUUCUAAGCAUUUCAGUUUUUCAAACUAGGAACAUUCUUUUAACGGGGACAAUUAUUGAAUAAAACAUUUUUGAUUGUCAGGAUAAAUACUAGUUCUUUAAUUAACCCACACAUCAACUUCCGUAAAAAAAUCACAUAAACUUCAUUGGUGUUUUGAACUGACAAUGCUUGAUUAAAUCUGAAUUGAUAAAUGCAGUAACAUAACCUUGUUUGAUGCUUCUGUGUUCCUGCCAUAUGCAAACCUUGAAAAACUCACACCUGAUGUAGAUUUGUCUUAAUUCUUAGCCGAAGGCUGCUUACAUAUAACUUAGUAUUUUUUAUUUUGUUCAUAUUUUUGUUUCACACAUAAAAAUUUUAAUUUUUAAAAAAUAUAUAUAUAUUUAAAUGUACUUAUACUGUUAGGUGACAAAAUAUUAAGGAACAACUUGAAAGUAUUAUAAUGUUUGGGAUUUAUUUGGGUCUGGGUUAAGGAUUCAUUUAUUCCAAAUAGAAUUUAAUGCCAGCUAUUUCUGUAAUAUAGCUGAUACAUAGCUGGCAUUAAAUCAAUACUUAAGUUUAAUCUGAAUUCAAUACAUAAUGAAGACAUGGCUGUAUUAUGUAUCAGCUGUAAAUAUUGUCAUAAUUUAGCCAAUGUUGUGAAGUUCUCCAUACUUUGAUUUUUAUAAAUAAAGGAAGUCCAUUA